AUGUCAUCGUUGAUAGAUAAUGUCACAUUAUUGCAACGAAAUAAUAUUAGUUGUGACAAUUCAUUGGAAAGAAAAAAUGUUGUUUCUUUAGAUGAAGAAGAGAAAUUUAAUUGGUAUGAAAAUCCACUACUACAACCAAAUGAUGCUUCUGAAAAAAUAGCAACAAAUAAUUCUUCACUAUGCGCUUCUCUUUACAAUGGACUCUUGAUGAUUGUGAUUCUGCCUGUCAUUCUCAUUCUAUUUAUCUUAUUUCUUCUUCUAUGGAUUCUUCCUGGCUUUGGUUUAUUAUAUGAACGAUAUGCCGAAGCUCGUGAUCGAAAAAAAUACUACCCAUCAAUAGAAGAAAUGCAACCUUGGGGUUGCAAUAAUACUCUUGUACAUGUAGUACACCUCCGCGCAACGGAAUCCAAACUUCCGCCCAUUGUCUACAUUAGCGGGUUGGGUACCAGUAUGUAUGUAGUCAAAUCAUUGUUUAUCAAAUUCGUUGAAUAUAUGCGUGAGCCUGUUGAAAUACUCUCAUUUGACUCUCCGGGAUAUGGUGCUUCUGAGCCGCCAACUGAUUGGAAUACUCACAAUGCAGAAACUGAACUUGCAUUGCUACGACAAGUAAUUGAGAAGUCAGCACUUCGCAAGCCAUUUAUACUUUUUGGCGCCUCAGCUGGCGCUUCAUUAGCGCAACUCUAUCGAUUGACAUAUCCAGAUGAUGUUGCUGGCACUAUUUUAUUUGAUCCAACUCCGUCCAAUAUAUUCGAGCCCGAUAGUCCUAUGGUAACCGAUUUUAAUCGUGCAUUUUCUCUAUAUAGCAAAAUGGCUUGUCUUGCUUCCUGGGGCGUUAUGAGACCAUUGGGACCUUUCAUACGUUAUUUUGUACGAGGUGAGUUCGGUGACAUUUUUCGUCAUUUACCAAAAGGUCAUGUUGCUUUAUUCAUGACGAAAACGAUGCUAUUAAAAACUGGACAUCAUUUUCGUUACUGGCAUUUUAUCAUGGACUGUGUCACAAAAUUACAGAAUGAUAUUGUGAAUCCUAGAAACUCACCCUUGCUAGUUGUUAGUGCACUGAAUUGGACUAAGAAACGACCGCACGGCGGUCUGACUAGAGAAGAGAUGCGGCAAUGGUGGCGUAAUAAUCAACAGCCCUUCGUUCGCAGUUCUAAUAAUGCUGGUUUUGUUUCUCGCACAGAUUACACUCAUACCCAGUGCAUGUUAGAUAUGCAAUUAGCAACUAAUGCUACUAAAGCUAUUUUAACACAAAUUCCUACUAAAACUCUUGAGUGA